AUGAGGGUUUCUGAACUGGCCUGGGACGUGAUAUUUGGUGCCGAUUUCCUACGCUACACCAAAGCUGUCCUAAAUUUUGCAGAAGGAACCUUUUACACUCACGAAGCCACCGGGGUUAACACAGAUACCUCUCUACCAAAAGACAACACAGAUGACAUCUGCAACGCCCUUUUUGAAGCUGCAGCCAUUCCCAUGAACAAUCUGGAUGACCUUUGUGCGCAGCUGGCUCACAUUUCCAACUACGAGAGAAAAGAACUCCGUCAGCUCCUACUUAAGUAUGCGAACAUCUUCUCAUGGCAAGGUGUAAAACUGGGACGAACAAAUAUCGUCAAGCAUAAGAUUGGUGCUGGUGAAGCUAGGCCCAUCUGGCAACCGCCCAGACGUAUUCCACCUCCUUUGCUGGAAGAAGUAAACCGUUUUGUUGAAGAGAUGCUCCGAGAUGAGGUCAUAAAGCCAUCCAAGUCACCAUGGGCCUCUCCUAUAGCGCUGGUAAAGAAGAACGAUGGCAGUCUGCGCUUAUGCAUCGACUAUAGGAAGUCGAAUGCUGUAACCAAGAUGGAUGCCUUCCCCCUUCCCCACAUAAAUGACUCAUUUGACUCACUACAUGGAUCCCAGUGGUUCUCUGCCUUAGAUCUGAAGUCGAGAUAUUAG